AGGGAGGGGGUUGGAAAGACAGAAAAAGGGAAAAGGAGAAAAGGGGUUGGACCUCCCCAUGUCUCGGGCCCCGGAGGCUUUCCCGUAGGGGAGAGACGGGCAAGAUGGGUCACCUCGGGCCCGGGAACCUCCUGUUGCUGCUGCUGCUGCCCCCAGCCCAAGCCCCGUGGCGGGACCCGCAGAGCCACCAAGGCCCAUCGGAGUGCUACCAGGUGAACGGGGCAGAUUACCGGGGCAGCCAGAACCGCACGGGGCCCCUGGGGGCCGGCCGCCCCUGCCUGUUCUGGGACCAAACCCAGCAGCACAGCUACAGCAGCAGCAAAGACCCCCAGGGCCGCUGGGGCCUGGGGAGCCACAACUACUGCAGGAACCCCGAUGGGGAUGUGCAGCCCUGGUGCUACGUGGCAGAGACGGAAGAAGGGAUCUAUUGGAGAUACUGCGACAUCCCCACCUGCCACAUGCCUGGCUACCUAGGCUGCUUUGUCGAUUCGGGGGCUCCCCCAGCCCUGAGCGGGCCGAGCGGCACCUCCACCAAGCUCACGGUCCAGGUCUGCCUGCGCUUCUGCCGCAUGAAAGGCUUCCAGCUGGCUGGGGUGGAGGCCGGCUACGCCUGCUUCUGUGGCUCCGAAGGGGACCUGUCCCGGGGCCGCCCGGCUCCGGCAACCGACUGUGACCAGAUCUGCUUUGGCCACCGCGGCCAGCUGUGUGGGGGUGACGGGAGGCUGGGCAUCUAUGAGGUCUCCGUGGGUUCCUGUCAGGGGAACUGGACGGCCCCCCAGGGAGUCAUCUACUCCCCGGACUUCCCGGACGAGUACGGCCCGGACCGCAACUGCAGCUGGGCGCUGGGCCCGCCGGCGUCGGCCCUAGAGCUCACCUUCCACCUCUUUGACCUGGCCGACCCCCGGGACCGGCUGGAGCUCCGGGAGGCGGGUUCGGGUCGACUGCUGGGGGCUUUCGACGGGGCUCAGCCCCCACCCCCUGGGCCGCUGCGCUUCCCCACCGCCGCACUCCUGCUGACCUUCCGCAGUGACCCCCGGGGCCAUGCCCAGGGCUUUGCCCUAACGUACCGAGGUCUGAGGGAUCCCGUGGAAGAUCUGGGGUCCCCCCAGGGCCUCAUCCAGACCCCACCUGUUCCCCCAGAAGGAGCCAACGGGAGCCGUGCCCCUGGCCCCCAGGAUUCAUCCACCAGAAUGGGGGACCGAUGUGACUCUUUGAGACCCGGGUCUUCCCUGACCUUCCCCUCCCCUCUCAGUUGGGGUCUUCUCCGCAGUGACCGUGGUGGCUGUCCUACUGCUGCUCCUCUUCUCCUUCUACCAGCUACGGAAACGGAGCUGCUUACUCGUCCCUGGGAAAGGGCCGGUGGGGGGCCUGCUCGUGCUGGGGACGGCCCACGGGGUCCAGAGAGGCUGGACCGUGUGGUACCGUGGGCCCCAAGUGGCGGCCGGCCCUGGCCCCCCCGGCGACGGGCAGCCAGGUGGGCUCCCGCCCGGCUACCGGCCGCUCAGCGCUUCGAGCCAGAGUUCACUGCGAUCGCUCAUCUCUGCCCUCUGACCCCCCCCCAGGUCCUGCCCUACAGGAGGCUUUUCCCCCGCUACCCCUGGGGGAGGCUCUUACCCCUAAAGAGAACCUCUCCCACCCCAAGGACUGACCCUGCCCUUUCUGCCAAACCUACCUACCUCUGAGGCCUAGAAAAUAAUAAUAACGACGGCAUUUGUUAAGCGCUUACUCUGUGCAAAGCACUGUUCUAAGCACUGG